GAAAAUACGAAAUCUGUUUUGUCGUUGUGUAAUGAUUGAUAUCUGACUAGUGUAAGUAAAAAUGAAUAAAUUGGUCAUAAACGUGUUAAUAUGUUGGAUAAUAUUCUUCAGGAAUAUGGAAAAGACGGGUAUGACCACAAUUGGCCAUUCGUCAGAAUGCUCGCAGUUUCAUGCUGUCAUCGUAUGGGAUACAAACACGGAUGUGCAGGACAUAAGUUUUAUGUACCACAAACGCUUUUUAUACGCAUUGAUAGAUAAUAUGCCGGAGGGUUCAUAUAUAGUUUUGAAAACAACAGGCGAUUUUAACGAGCUUGAUUUUAGAAAGGACUCAGGAUGGACAAACGAGUUGGAUGGAAUCACGUUUUCAUUUACCAAAGAAGCAAUUCCAUACUCAAUGCUGAGAAAAACUGUUAAAAAUGCCCUUAGUCGACACGAAACAGCUGAUAUGGAUAUACAACUGUUCUUAUUAGUUAAUGAUAUAUCACGUUUAGACAACGAGGAGAAAGCUUUGGAAGCUCUAAUGAUAGUAAACACAUUCGUUGUAUUUACUGGAAUGAUACAACCGCAAAAUAUUUGGACAGAUUUGGCCUCAGAUGAAAAACACUUAUAUAUAACUGACAGCACAAAUGAUGAAAAAUUCUUUAAUGAGACAGAACACUUCCUGAAUUUAUCUUGUCAAAAUUCAAGAUUGGAUUGUGGAAUAAGUAUGUAUCUGAACAAGAGCAGAUGCUACAAAUGUGCGUACAUUUGUGGACGGGUCAAGAACACCUUGAGUCAGUUCUGCCUAAAUACCUGCCCAAAUUUCGAUCAUCACCUUGAUAUGCCAAAAGAUUGCCACUGUGAUAUGUCAGAUUGUGAGAAAAGUUCCACGGACCCGUUGUUACUUACGCUGGUAAUCGUGUUGUCCACCGUUAUAGUAGCGGAAAAGCUUGUGCUUUUAAUGUUGACGAUGUGCAACUACUUCGAAGCAUAUGGCAUAUAAGGCACGUUCUGGUGAAAAUGAAAAUGCAUCGAAACAGAAGACACAAAAUAUCAUUCCCAUGCAAACUCAAGAAACGGGCUAAAUCUGCGACAACUGUCAAAUGAUAAAACAAUAUUUUUGUUUUUGGCAAAUGUGUUUUGCAAAUGGUUUGUACGGAAAAUGUCAACGGCAAAGAAAACUACUGUUGCUAGUGAUUAAAAUUAACAACUGAAAACACUUAGUAACAGGGAAUGAUUCAAUAAGAGGGAAGGGUAGUAAUAAGAUACGAACUUAAAAAUCCUACAAACUAAAUUUAAAACUGAAUUUGUUGCAUUACCGUUUCAUUUUCGUAGAACUUUGGCAAACUUCAUGAACAUGAACAGACUAAAUCAAACCUAGUCUGCUAUUAUUCUUCUUGGUUGCAUUUCUGGCUUCCGAAGGACCAUUUCACAGAUUUUAUUAAAUAUGUGUAACUUCCGUCAUAGAAACAAGGAGAAGUGAAAAAUUAGAUGUAAUGAUAAAACUAGAUUUGAUUGUAUUAUAUUGAUGAGAAACCUAUUUUACUCAGUCCACUGAAUUCAUUUGUAAACAUAUAUAAGAAGGAAUUUGAACGAGUUUGAUAAUUUAUCAGAUGAGGACAAAUAUUGUUUACUAUGUUUGAAUAUUUAAAAAAAAAACAAAAAAAAAACACUUAUUGUAUUGUAAAUAAAGUAAAUAUUAUUUAAAGGUUGUCCAUUUUUUCGUAUUUUGGAGAAAUAGUAGAAACAGUAGAUCAGUCUAUAUCACAUUUGCAUUGAUGUAAAAUAUAACAUAUUUAUUUCAUUAUCUUAAAGGUACCAAAUAAAGACAAAUAAAAAAGCAUAAAUCUUAAAAAAAAGACUAUACAUUUUGAAAUAUACAUCUAAACAUUACGAUAGCCGUUCAAUACUUCAAGUCAAAACAUGUGCAGAGAAACGAAUGAUUUUUGGGGCGGUGCGUAAGCUCCGCCUCCAAUGGAAUUAAGACGGGAAAAUGAAAGCCCGUCACUUCUUAGUGCAAAAUGGCAAA